AUGGAGACAAAGGUUAGUGAAUCUUCCUCCUCUAGCCCAAGACAUUCAUUUGAAGUAAUUAAGGUAUGUUAAUACCUGCUUAAAAUUGUUAAGAGAUUUUGAUUUGAUGGAAUCAAUUUGUUCCAAUGGACAUUGUAUGUGGAACUUAUUCUACAUGGAAAGAAUCUGGAUCAUUACUUAACACAAUCCUCGCAAAGUAUUUACAACCCAGGAUAUUUUUGGUAGAAAGAAGAAGAAGCACUGAUUCAAUAUUGGAUGCUGGACAAUAUUUCACUAAAGAUGAGUGAUAGAUUCCUUUUUCUGAAAUCUAUGAAGGAAUUAUGAGACAAAGUUUGUUGUGUUCACUCUACUAAACAUGAUAAAUCCCAAAUUUAUAGAUUAGUAUAGACAUAUCUAACUUUGGUAUAGGGAACAUUGACGAUUCUAGAAUAUGCUUGUAAAUUGGUGUCCAUCUAGAGAGAAAUUGACCAUUAUAGACCAAUCAAGAACCGUGAUAUUCAAGAAAGAAAUUAUAUCAUGAAAGACAGGUUGUAUAAGUUUCUGAUGGGGCUAAAUUUAGACUAUGAGACUAUAGUAAAUCAAAUCCUUGCUCGAGAAGUAGUACCAAAUAUUGAAGAGGCAAUUACAUUAGCUAGACAAAAAGAAAAAACUAGAAAUUUGAGGAAUGAUUUAAAGACAAAAGAUAUGGUAUUUAGAGCUCUCAAGAAUAAAGAUACCUUUGGAUUUAAAAAAAGGGUGACAAACCACUAUAUUAUGAUAAAUUGCAUUUGGCUAAUGCUCAAAAUGAAGAUGGUGUUGAGCCCAUGA